AACACCCACCACACUCCCCUCCUUUCCCCUCAUAAAGAUCGCCGUAGCCCCACUCCCUCUUUUUCCCUCUCCAGCGCACACAACACAAUACACACACGCACCACCUCACCCAAGCGGGAGAGGAGAGCUCGAGGAAGGAGACGCUGCCUUGCUGCCAGCUCCGUCGAAGACCAUUCCGCCGCCGCUGUCGAGCCAAACCCGAGAGAGAGAGUGUGUGCGACAAUGAGGGAGGAGAAGACGUCACCAAACGUGUCACCGCCGCUGGAGGAGCUUCGCUCUUUACCAUCGCCGAGGAGGGGAAAGAGAAGCUGCUCCCGUCGCGCCAGUCACCAUCGUGCUUCCUGGUUGCCGAUGAGGGAGCCGCGAGAACCGUUGCCGUCGCGGAGGAGGGGGACGCGUGAGAGGGAGCCGUCUUUGUGGUCGCCGUCGCAGCUGUUGAGUAAAUCUUCGUGCUUUUUCAGAAAUCGAAGAUUUACGGAUUUGACAAGGAACGGAACCGGUGGAAGGAGAGAACCACAGGUACCGUCAAGUUCCCGAAGAAUAAGGUUACUAGCAAGAACAAAAUCAUUGCUUAGUGUGGUUCUUUAGCUGUAAGCA